AUGCAACUCUCUCGUCUGUUCCUUCUUUUGAUUCUCUUCUCUUCCAUCACUGUCUUUGCCUUGUAUCAAAUAUUGGACUCUAAACGGGCAUCCACAACAUUUGCUCCAAUUUCCACUUCAUGCGAAUGUCCAGUAUGUCCUUUACAAACCGAUAUUAAGAAGAAUCAAUGUCCUCCUGUUACGGAAUGUAAAUGUUAUUCCCUCACGGAGAAACCCCCUAUUGGCUCGGAUGGUCAAGUCACAAUGGAUACAACUUUUGGAAAGGCUCUCUACAGACUAUCAAAACAAAACGAUGUUCGGAUCGUACUUGAAAUUGGUACCUGGUUUGGAGGAGGCUCUACACAAUGUAUUGCCCGAGGAUUGCAAGAAUCUGGUCGAGACAAAUUAUUGUACACGAUUGAACUCUAUGAACCUGCUUGGCAAUAUGCUCGUAAGACAUAUGCUCAUAUGCCCAUUCGAUUUAUUCUUGGUGGAACAGUUCCUACUGAAAUGUAUUUGAAACCAGAAGAAAUUCCAAACAAAGAUCGACACUAUGAGCUCUAUUAUCAACGAGAUAUUGAGCUUUCAAAGAAAUCGAUUCCUUGGCUUUAUCCUUUGUGUUUGGCCUAUAAUUUUGAUGCCAUUCUUAUUGAUGGAAAUGAAUACACUGGUUGGGCUGAAUAUCAAAUUAUUGACAAGUAUUGUAAACCCAAAUAUUUAAUGCUGCAUGACGUUGGUACUUUAAAGACCUCAAAAAUUGAACAAGUCAUCAAACAAGGAGGUACAGUUUGGAAAUUAAGAGAAGAAGGUGAAGAUGCAGUAAGGUGGCAAAUUUAUGAAAGAAGUGAUGCUUUGGGCAGUCGUGUAGUCUGA